CCUGACCCUACAACACCCAAUACCUAACACCACAAUGACAAGCCCAGUAUUCACACCAACAACACCACCAAGAAUUAAAAACACAAAGGGCCUCCACCUCCUAACAACCAGCACCCCCAACGGCAAAAAAGUCCAAAUCCUCCUCGAAGAACUCUCCGCAAAAUACGGCUUACAAUGGACCAUAACCCUAAUCGACCUCGAGACCGACGAGCAGAAGCAGCCGUGGUUUCUGGCGCUGAAUCCUAACGGCAAAAUCCCCCUCCUCAUCGACACCAACAACAACAACAACAACAACAACAACUCCUCCACCCCAAUAACGGUAAUGGAAUCCUCCGCUAUACUCAUCUACCUCGUCGAAACAUACGACCCAGACUACCACUUCCACUUCCACUUCUCCUCACCGGUGCACAAAUCUCAACUUAUUCAGUGGUUAUUCUUCUGGUCUGCGUCGGGGCAGCCUCAGCAAGCGGGGUUGAAUCAUUUUAAGAGGUUCGCGGGGGUGGUGGAUUCUUGUAAGUACACCAAUACCAAUCCUUCCGCUGUCUCUCUACUAUUGUAGAUAUUAUUCAAGGGCAAUGUGCUUAUGGUAUUUUUUUUUUUUUUUUUUUUUUUUU